CCUUAACCAUCUUACCACCCCUACAGGAUUAAAAUGGGAAAAACUCAAAAAAAGUCGGCAAAGGGACGUUUGGAUAAAUGGUAUAAGCUUGCUAAAGAACAGGGAUACCGUUCUCGUGCUGCGUUCAAAUUAGUCCAAUUGAAUCAGAAGUUUAACUUCUUAGAAAAAGCAAAAGUGGUUAUUGACCUUUGCGCUGCUCCUGGUGGCUGGUUACAGGUAGCUUCUAGAGCAUGUAAGCCCGGUUCUUUACUUGUCGGUGUGGAUUUGACUCCUAUUCGACCUGUUCCAAACUGUCAAACGUUUGUAGAAGACAUUACUUCUGAUAAAUGUCGCUCGCAAUUACGAGGUAUCUUGAAGACAUGGAAGGCAGAUGUAGUUCUUCACGACGGUGCUCCAAACGUAGGUGCUGCUUGGUUGCAAGAUGCAUAUGGUCAAGCAGAGUUGGUGUUGAUGUCUAUGAAGCUUGCCUGCGAAUUUUUGGUUCCCGGCGGUACAUUCGUUACCAAGGUUUUCCGUUCUCGUGACUAUAACAAUCUUUUGUGGGUGUUCAAACAACUAUUCAAUAGGGUCGAUGCUACGAAACCCCCUUCUUCGCGUAACGUGUCUGCAGAAAUUUUCGUCGUCUGUAGAGGUUAUAAGGCUCCACAAAAGUUAGAUCCUCGCUUUACAGAUCCACGCACUGUGUUUGAGGAAGUUACGGAGCCAACUCCAAACGUAGAGGCAAAAGUUUUUGAACCCGAAAAAAAAAAAAGAAAUCGUGAAGGUUAUGCCGACAAUGACUAUACUCUUCAUAAAACAGUACCCGCGUCUGAUUUUGUCAAAGGAAAUGAUCCAAUUCAGGUAUUAGGUACCUCCGCGGAAAUUGUUUUUCCUGAAGAAGAUGAAGAUUCUCAGCGUCUGAAGAAUUCGGAAGCAACAGAUGAAGAUAUUUUAAUUCAUUGCUCUGAUUUACAAGUUUUAGGCAAGAAGGAUUUCCGGGAACUGCUUAAAUGGCGACUCAAGGUUCGUAAUGAGUUGGGUCUAGGCAAACGUCCGGAAACCGAACAAAAGACCGUCGUAGAAGAAAUUCCCGAGGUUGACGAAGAAACAAAAAUGGAUCAAGAGUUACAACAUCUGAAUGAGACUGAACGCACUAAGGUCAAACGUGAGCGUCGUAGGGCCAACAAGCGCAAGCAAAGAGAAAUUAUUAGAAUGCAAAUGGGGAUGGAGGCCCCUAUGGAGAUUGGUAUGGAACAGAGCACUAUGGGAGACGACAGCAUGUUUGGAUUAUCUACAGCCGAGAAGCAUGGCCUCAAUAAGUUAACUGAUGCUUCAACUCCAGAAGUUCCUCCCACAGAAGAAGAAAAUGAAGUUUUGGAAGAAAAUGAAGAAGAAUAUGACAGUGAAGAUGAACAGGAGCGUCUUGAAGCUGAGCUGGACUCUAUGUAUUCUCAGUACACCGAAAGAAAAGCAGAAUCCGACGUGAAGUAUAAGGUCAAACGAUCUAGAGGUGACGCUGAUGACGAGGAAUGGGAAGGAAUUCAAGAACAGGCUAGUGAAAACGAAGAAGACGAGCCGAACGAAGCUUCAGUGGAAGAAGACGAGCAUCUUCUUACUUCACUUGACAAAAAGGAUUCAGGCAAAAACGGUUUAAGUAAGAAAGCUAGUCUUUUCUUUGAUCAAGACAUUUUUGAAGGUAUCGGUAAUGACGAUGACGCUGAUAAGGAAAUCGUUGCCAUGAAUUCUGCUGCCAAGGCAAAAAGAUCAUCUGCGAAGGCAAAUGAAAAUGAAAGUUCUGAUGAAGAAGAAAAAACUCGGAAAGGAGAUAUUGAAGUUGUUCCACCUGUUUCUGCCCAAGAAAAGGAGGACGAUUGGGAUUCAGAUUCCGGUGACGAUGGUGAAAACGUUGACAUAGUGACGGCAGAAGCAAUGACAUUAGCCCAAGAAAUUGCUUCACGCAAAAAGUCGACAUCUGAGCUCAUCGACGAUGGAUACAACCGCUGGACAUUUCAACCUAAGGAUGGACUUCCAGAUUGGUUUGUUGAUGAAGAAAAUCAUCAUAACAAACCAAAUAAGCCUAUCACUAAAGAAGCCGUCAUGGCCUUGCGAGAGAAAAUGAAGGCUAUAAAUGCUCGUCCUAUUAAGAAGAUUCUUGAAGCUCAAGGACGCAAAAAGAUGCGUACUGUCAGACGUAUGCAAAAUGUUGCUAAAAAGGCUGAGGGUAUUACUGAAAGUGGUGAGAUGACCGAAGGCGAAAAAUCCAAAGAAAUUUCACGCCUUAUGAGUCGUGCAAUGAAAGCGAAGCCUAAACAAAAGGCGACACUUGUUGUUGCGAAAGGUGCUAACAGGGGUAUCCAAUCUCGUCCAAAGGGUGUCAAAGGUAAAUACAAAAUGGUGGAUUCUCGUAUGAAGAAAGAUCUUCGUGCGCAAAAGCGUCUUGAGAAGAAAAAACGUAAAUAAACGAUAUAGUUUAGGAAGUAUGCUUUAUGGAAAAGGUUCUUUAUUGGUAUAGGUUCGAUAUAAUUUUGGGUAAUAAAACUAUGGUUAUAUUUUUUUUUGACUAAGGUUUCAAAUUUAAUUUUGAUAAAGCUUUUGCUUCAUGAAUUC